AUGUACCAAACCGUGGGUCACUCGGUUAUCCCGCUCUAUGGAGAAGCACUGGGCAUCCCGCUUUAUCGACAGGAAAUUGUGGGCACGGCGGUAAACUCAAGUAGAGAUUACGCGGCGGAUUCGCAAAAGCAAGACAAGGACGAAACCGAAGACCUUGUCCCUUUGUUGAGGAAGGUCAUGGAAGCGCAUCCUGAAGUCAAUGCUGUGUCCACGGGGGCUAUCCUGAGCACGUAUCAACGGACGCGUGUCGAAUCUGUUGCGCUCAGGCUGGGGCUCACACCGCUGUCGUAUCUGUGGCAGUAUCCAUUGUUACCACCAUAUACGCAGUCAUCUCUUUUGCAUGACAUGACCGCGGUAGGACAAAAAGCAGUCAUCAUCAAGACGGCAUCCGGUGGCUUAGACGAGGACUUUCUGGGUCUCGAUGUCGCUAGUCAGGCUACCAUAGCGAAGUUAGCGAAGACAAUGGGUCGAUAUGGUGACGCUGGUGACGGUGCGAUACUGGGUGAGGGUGGCGAAUUCGAGACAUUGGCAUUAGACGGGCCCCGACCGCUGUGGAAGAAGAGCAUUAGGAUCGACAAUGGACCGCCUGGAAAGUUGGACGGCGAGCAGGCGGUUUUGAAGAUCAAGGAGAGUGUGCUUGAAGAGAAGACGAAUGAUGAUGAGAGACGUGUAGAUGCAUUGAGGAUACCAGAGCUCUUUGACGAAGAGUUCAAGAAGAUAUUGGAAACUGCCGAGAUCACCGUGGAAGAUGCAGCACUCGCCUCCAACGAGGCGUUUGAUGUUCAUCCCCAGCCGGAUGCUAUAUCUGCAGUGGAGCGUCUUCCAAGGAAUGCGGCAAAAGAUACCGCAACCGUCUUCCUCCACUCGAACCUCACGAGCGAUACCCGACCGUUCUCUCCAGCCAUUUCCCCGUCGCGCCAACUCAUCAAAAUCUUCCUCCUUCUCGACCAUUCCCUCAAGCAAGUCCACCUUUCCAGAUCCAGCGUCAACCAUGCCACUCUGCUCCUCCGUGACAUGGCAGACUUCACUGUCCUCAACCCAGUCUACGCGCAAUACUUUAGCCAUGUGAACCCCCCAGCUAGAGUUACCAUUGCAGCUGGAGACACACUCCCCAAAGGCGUAGACGUCAUGCUCAGCGUAAUCGUAGACAAAGAAGAUAAAGACGCACAAGGUAAAGUCACCAGACCAGUAAACAGACAAGGACUACACGUCCAAGGCCGAAGCUACUGGGCCCCUGCAAACAUUGGACCCUACAGCCAAGCCAUAUCCACCAGCCUGCCUUCCAACAACUCGCACAACCAAAGCAGCGAUGUUUCAAACUGCGGAGAAGUAGUCUACGUAGCCGGCCAAAUCCCCCUCGUACCCGCCUCCAUGGCCGUAUACACAGAUCGAGGCUUCAAAGGCCAGGCCGUCCUCUCCCUCCAACACCUAUGGCGCAUCGGCCGCGCCAAAAACGUAAAAUGGUGGACUGCAGCUGUGGGCUUCAUUCCGGCGUCGCAGCAUCCGGAAGACAGGGUGCGUAUCGCACAGGAUGUGUGGAAAGCUAUACACGCCCCAGCACAUGACGACAACGCAGACGAAGAGGACGAAGACACGCAUAUCGAUCCGUGGGAUAGAUUGAAUCAGCACCAUAUAUCCGCUUUUAGCGAUACAACGGUCCGCAGUCCGAUCCCAGACCGCGCUGUUGUUUCUUCUGAUUCCACAGCGUCUACACCACCGUGCUUCGUCGCGCAAGUUGCAUCACUGCCACGGGGCGUGGAUAUAGAGUGGAGUGCUACGGGUUUGACCUGUCCUUCGAUCCAAUGUACUCGCAAUCCUCAGAUUCCGCACCUUCGUGUUACCACCUCAAGAGACACUCGUUCUCGUUUCCUGACACUCGAGGUACGGAAACGGAGCGAUUUGACUGUGUUAAGGGAAGUGGGUGAGCGGGCGUGGACGUGUGCUACGCUUUAUGUGGGGAGGGGGUUUGAGUGGUGCGGUGAUGGUGUAGGGGCUGCGGAUUUGGAGGGUGUACAAUGGAUUCCUUGUCAGAGGGUGUGGGGAGAGGAUGGGGAGGAAGUGAGGGGUGUGUUUGUGGGGAAGAUUGAUGGGUAA